AUGAAUAUCGUCGAAUGGGCAUUCGGCAAGCGUAUGACGCCCGCCGAGCGCCUGCGCAAACACCAACGAGCCCUCGACCGGACACAGCGCGAGCUGGAUCGAGAGCGGACCAAACUGGAGAAUCAAGAGAAAAAGCUAGUCCAGGAUAUUAAGAAGAGCGCCAAAAAUGGCCAGGUCGGGGCUUGCAAGAUUCAGGCUAAGGACCUCGUCCGAACUCGCAGAUAUAUCCAGAAGUUCUACCAGAUGCGCACACAGUUACAGGCGAUCUCACUUCGCAUCCAGACGGUCCGGAGCAACGAGCAGAUGAUGCAGUCCAUGAAAGGUGCAACGAAGCUUCUGGGUGGUAUGAACCGACAGAUGAAUCUUCCAGGACUGCAGCGUAUUGCGAUGGAAUUUGAACGCGAGAACGAGAUCAUGGAUGAACGACAAGAAAUGAUGGACGAUGCUAUCGACGAAGCUACUGGGAUGGAGGGAGAAGAAGAGGAGGGGGAGGAUAUUGUCAAGGAAGUGCUGGAUGAGAUUGGUGUCGAUCUGGGCCAGGCGCUGGGCGAGACGCCUUCGGAUAUCCAGAAAGCACCCGCAGAAGAUAAUCGGGUUGCGCAGGCUAUAGGCGGCGGAGGCCACACGGACGACGAUGACCUUCAAGCCAGACUGGAUAGUCUUCGACGAUGA